UUUUACUUGAUAAUGUCAUAAUCUCAUGUUCAUAAUGGUGAAAAGCAAUUUAACUGUUGGUGCGUUUUCGGUGUUUGGUCAGGGAUAUAUUGAAGAGGAUGGCCAGACUGUUCCUGAAUUGAAGUCACUUAAACGACUUGCAGCAAUCAUGACUGAUUAUGGUCCUUUCAAUCUGAAAUUACAUUUACCAGAAUCUGGUCAACUAGGUGUGCUUACAGAGACUGGUUAUCGUGAUGGUGUCUUGGGUUUGAUGCAAGAAGGGAAAGUGGAAUUGUGUACACUUCCAAUGGCUCUGGACACUCAGAAAGUACCAGGUCAGUUUACACCCGUUAUAUCAGAAGAAAGCUAUUACAUUCAUUCAAUACGCGUUUUGGGUGGUGGUAAUACAUCAGCUUUAACCAAUAGUUUUGUGUCAGUCAACACGAUUCCCAUACUAUUAGCUAUUUUAAUAGUUUUCCUAUUGGAAUUAGCUGUCGUCAAACGCUUCAACAUUGAAUCCAUUAUCAAUGCUAUCUAGCAAUCCUGUGGUACUUCAUUUUAUCAGAAUUUAUCUCGACAUUCAACAUGGUUCUGUCUCAUUCUUAUGAUUAUCCUAAUGUUUCCUGUUUACAUUUUCAAUGCUUCAUUCAGCACUCAAACUAUUGUCGGGAAUAAUGACGUUAAAAUUGAAACAUUGCGAGAUGUCAUCACUUAUGACAAGACACCGUUCUUUUACGAGGGUAUUUCUAUGUACGACUGGUUCAAAGCUAAAGUCAGUAAGGAUUAUGGUGAUAUUUACGAACGUUCAAAAUCCAAGGGAUUUGAAAAACCAUACCCACUUGGACUUUUUCGUAAGUUCACACCUGCAGACAAAAUGGUCACUUUCUUCUCCACUCUAGGUGUAAAGAUAGGGGCUUCUCUAGGGGCUUCUGUAAUACAUGAGCCAAAUCAGGUUCAAUAUAUUUCAGAAAGGCCCUUUCACAGGUCUUUACAAGCUUUACUGUUGGGUUUUACCACUCCUGAG